AUGCGACGAAUACAACUAUUGAGUCCAUUACUUAGAGAAGAUGAAAUUGGAGUGUUAUGGGUUAAUUCGCAACCUGAGCAAUCAUCAACGAAACUGGCGCAAUAUUUAUGGAACAAAAGUAUAUUUCGUGGUUGUACCGAUGGAGCGGCUAAUUUCAUUAUGCCCCUUGUUAAGAAUGAAAAUUAUUUAAAGCCUAACGUGAUUUCUGGCGAUUUCGAUUCUAUUACCUCUGCGACAAAAAAAUUCUUCGAAUCACAGGUUGAAAUUGUGGAAACACCUGAUCAAGACUUCACCGAUAUGUGCAAAGCAUUGCAAAUUAUUGCUGAGAGGAUGAGAAAUAAAGAAUUAAACAUCACAAAAGUUAUUGUUUUGGGCGGAUUGUCUGGACGUUUUGAUCAUGUGUUAUCAUCUCUGAAUUCAAUGUUACGGUUCGAUGCUUGUGAAAUUACAAUUAUUGACGGUGUUAAUUUAGUCACGAUUUUGCGCGAGGGUUCCACAAGCUUAGAAUUCGCUGGAGGAAAGCAUCUUUUAACGGGAAAAUGUGGCGUCAUCCCUCUCAUCCAGCGUGAAACGAUCGUAUCGUCUAGUGGCUUGAAAUGGAAUUUAGAUAACUCGGAGCUUAUGUUUGGCAAACUUAUCAGCACAUCUAAUGAAAUAGUUAGCGAUACAGUAUCGAUAACUUGUACAGCUCCAGUAGUGUUUACAAUGGAAUUAUCAGAAGAUGCUUUAUCACUGCAAUAA